AUGGCUAGAACUAAUAAUGAAAAUAAUAAUAAUAACAAUGAAGAAUCAGAAUCAGGGUCAUCAACACCACCAAAUAUUGAAUUAGAUCAAGCACCAAUUGUAAAUUGGAAAAUAAUUGCAACUGCCAACACUCCAACCCCAAGAUUUGAUAAUACAUUAGUAUAUUAUAAUAAAUUUUUAUAUAGUUAUGGUGGAUCAGAGAAUUCAAUUAAUGGUGGAUUUCAACAAUUUGUAAAAUUAGAUUUAUCAACAUUCCAAUGGCAAACAUUACCAGCACCAGCAAGAACUAGAAUUGUACAUACAUCAGUGAUUCAUGGUGAUUGUAUGUACGUAUUUGGUGGAGGUGUUUAUGAAGAUGUUAGAACUUCAUUCCUUGGUGGUACAACUAAAGUAUUUAAAACAAUUAAUGAACUUUGGAAAUUUGAAUUCCUUCAAAAUCAGUGGACUCAAAUUCUAUCGAAUGCAAUCCAACAAACCACUGUACCAUCACAAUCAAUGAUAAAUGAAUCAUUGAAUAACCCAGAGCCAAGAGAUGGUCAUUGUGCAGUUGUAGUCGGUGAUAAUAUGUAUAUCAUUGGUGGUAGUCAAACUAUUUCAACCAAUAAUUCAAUUAGUUCAGUAUUCUUUACAAAUACUAAAAUUUACAAUAUUACCACCAAUACAUGGAGAUCUGUAAUCUCACCAGAAUUUGGUAGAUUAGGUUCUGCUGUCGUUUACAAGCAUUUAGAUGGUACAAAAUGUAUUUACUUUUUCGGUGGUUAUGGUUUAGACAGUAAUCCAACAAAUAAACUCUAUAAAUUCGAUAUAGAAUCUGAAGAAUGGGUAGAAGUUAUACCAAAGAAAUCAACUUCACCAUCGACAUCAACAUCGACAUCAACAGUAGAUGAUAUUGUAAUAAUACCAGAAUCAAGAUAUGGUCAUAGUGCAAAUGUAUUUCAAGAUAAAAUGUUAGUUUAUGGUGGAUAUUCUAAAAAGAAGGGAUUCCUUAGAGAUUUUUAUUCAUUUGAUUUCGAUAAAGAAGAAUGGAAACAAAUUUUAACUGAAGGACCACCAAGAAGAAGAAGACAUAGUACAGUUUUAAUUGAAAAUUUCGAUGGUUCAAAUAAACCAAAAUUAUUCUUAUAUGGUGGUUCAUAUCAAUCAUGUCUAUAUAAUGAUCUUUGGGAAUACUCUUUCCCAAAUCCAGUUCAAAUUCCAUCGGAUAAUUUAAUUGAAGAUUUUUCAACAUUAUUUAAAAAUGCAAAACAAUAUUUUAGUGAUAUUUGUUUUUCAUUAGAAUCAACUGAAUUAGUUGGAGAUGAAAAUGAUAAUAAUAAUAAUUCAAAUAAUAAUUCAAAACCUACAAUUGUAACAAAAGAAAUUUAUGCACAUAAAAAUAUUUUAUCAGUUAGAAGUCAAUAUUUUUAUUCAUUAUUUAAUAGUGGGUUAAAAGAAUCAUUUGAAAAAGUUAUUAAAAUUAAUGAAAGAUAUGAAGAUUUUAAAAUUUUUAUUGAAUUCCUUUAUAGUGGAAAUGAAGAUUUAGUUUUAUUAGAAAAUUGUAUUGGUAUUUUAUAUUUAUCAGAUCUUUAUUGUGUACCAAGAUUAAAAACAAUUUGUGAAGCAAAAGCAACUGAAGGUAUUGAUUGUGAAACUGUUGUUCAAAUCUUUAAAGAAGCUGAUAGCUUUAAAUUGGCAAAAUUAAGAAAACUUUGUUUAAAUUUCAUUGCUCGUAAUCAUAAAGAAUUAGUUAAACAAGGUUCAUUAAAUCAAUUAUCACCAAGUGUUUUAAUUGAAAUUAUGGAUUAUUUAUCAAGUUCAUCAACAUCAACAUCAACAUCAACAUCAACAUCAACAACCAAUUAA